GGUUCCACUUACCUUCAGGUAGCUGAUGUCCUAUCUGGGGAGAGAACACAUACAUAUUAUAAAGUUAGGUAGUGAGAACACACAAAACCAGAUAUAAGAUGGUACAGUGGGAGAGAGGAAGAGGUUGGAGUGGCUGAAGAAGGCAGGGCUCAGCCGAUCCUUGUCUCCAGGCUUGGUUAGGACCCUGAAGAUUUGCUUCUUUGAUCACAAGGCUUGCAUUAUACAUGGACUGGGCUAGCUGACUACUGGCUUUCCCUUACAAUCCUCUGAAGUCGUCGAUUUGUGGUGCUAGGAGAUUUGGCCCACCCCUGUGGGAUACAGAUAUUCAGCUUUGGUGGCUUCCUAACAGGAAGCUCUUGAAAUGAACUGUCCAAUGGGUUUCUUGUAUACUAAUGUAAUGGGACUGCUUCCGUCCAUGAGGGCCUCAACUAUCUCUAUAUUUAACAUGGGAGGACAUUUCUGAACAGUCGUGAUAAUGGAGACCUGAAUUCCUUUGAAAGUCCUUUCCUCGAGUCCUCUUUUCCAUUGUCAUUGAUACACUCCCUCUGCAUCCUCACAUCCCCGCUCCAGCCUUUCCUCCUUCCAGGCCUCAUACAUGUCGGGGCUCAGUAAAUCUCCCUUGCCAGAUCACACCUUACUUUCUGAUGUAUUGUUUCCAAAUGAAAAAUGACCAGUUCUUAGACCUUGAAGAAGUGGCAUUUUCUGUUCCCAGUUGAGAUCAUCUUGUCACAAGGAAGGCACAUAAAGUUUCUUUCCUUUCUUCUCGUUGAUAAGUGAACCAAAUUCAGAAGGUACACAUGAUAAAGCACGUCCUUGUAAAGUAUAGCAAGUCAUUGUCCAGUGAUGCUCCAGUCCCCUAGAGAAUACCAUGUUUCAAUGCCCCCUUCUGAAAUGGCCUUUCCAUAUCUCUUUUGGACUUUUGCUUCCCUAUUUGUAAUUAUUUGUUAAUUUCAUAACUGCCUCCUUUCUCCCCAAACUGCAGUCGGACAAUGUUUCUUUGUUGUUUUUAUCAACUGAAAUGAAUUCAAAAUAAUUUUUGCUUUGGGUGAUUUGUUGAGAAUGUUACUGAAUCUCUUGGUUCAAGGUUAAGUCAAGUUGGGAACUACUGGUCCCUACUGAACAUUCAUUUUGCAACUUUGGCCCUCUCUGUACGUCAGCUAAAUUGUAACUAUAAACUCUGCUUGUUAGAUAAUGUUUACCACUUUGGUCCAGGAACAGGCAUUUCUGUAUAUUAGAAGUUAAAGUCAAGUGAGAGGGUUGAGUAUUGUAUUAACAAGUCUAGGCAAACCUGGAGUCUUGAUCAUGUCCGUGACAGACCUUGUGGGGAAAUCAAGAACAUGGGUCAACAAGUUGUCAAGCUGUGUCACGAAAGAUAAUUACGGUGGAAGGACAAGAAAGUGCGGAGGGGAAGAGCAGCGGGUUAGCACUCGAACUGUCUAUGUUGGUCACCACCAAGCCCCGGAGACAGAUGCAUACGUCGAAGAGAAGUUUUGUGAUAACCGGAUUGUGUCCUCCAAGUAUACAGUUUGGAACUUUCUUCCAAAGAACCUUUUUGAACAGUUUCGAAGAAUUGCAAAUUUUUAUUUCCUGAUCAUUUUCCUUGUCCAGGUCACCGUAGAUACACCGACCAGCCCUGUGACCAGUGGACUCCCGCUUUUCUUCGUGAUAACUGUCACUGCUAUUAAACAGGGCUAUGAAGACUGGCUUAGACAUCGAGCUGAUAAAGAAGUAAAUAAAAGUGUCGUCUAUGUUAUUGAAAAUGCAAAGCGAGUCAAGAAAGAGAGUGAAGCGAUUAAGGUUGGCGAUAUUGUUGAGGUGCACGCGGAUGAAACCUUUCCUUGUGAUAUUAUCCUCCUGUCAUCGUGCAAUGAUGAUGGCACCUGUUAUGUUACAACAGCCAGUCUUGAUGGGGAAUCCAACUGCAAGACGCAAUAUGCUAUCCGUGAUACCAGUUCGUUUAAUUCUGCUCAUUCCAUUGAUACCCUGCAAGCAACGAUCGAGUGUGAACAGCCUCAGCCUGACCUGUACAAAUUUGUUGGGAGGAUCAAUAUCUAUGACAAUAAUGCAGAACCCGUUGCCAGGUCUUUGGGACCUGAAAAUCUAUUGCUGAAAGGAGCCACUCUAAAAAAUACCAAGAAGAUUUAUGGAGUUGCUGUUUACACAGGAAUGGAAACCAAAAUGGCUUUGAAUUACCAAGGGAAAUCUCAGAAGCGCUCUGCCGUGGAAAAAUCUAUCAAUGGUUUCCUGAUUGUGUAUUUAUGCAUCCUUUUGUCCAAAGCUGCUAUCUGCACUGCAUUGAAAUAUGUGUGGCAAAGUAUUUCUCAAAAUGAUGAACCUUGGUAUAAUCAAAAGACUCAGCAUGAGCGAGAGACUGUAAAGGUUCUGAAAAUAUUCACAGACUUCUUGUCAUUUAUGGUCCUGUUCAACUUCAUUAUCCCCGUUUCCAUGUAUGUUACUGUGGAGAUGCAAAAAUUCUUAGGAUCCUUUUUCAUCGCUUGGGAUAAAGACUUUUUUGAUGAAGAAAUACAAGAAGGUGCUCUAGUGAACACAUCUGACCUCAAUGAAGAGCUUGGGCAGGUGGAAUAUGUAUUUACUGACAAAACUGGAACACUUACCGAGAACACUAUGGAAUUUAUCGAAUGUUGCAUAGAUGGGCACUCUUAUAAGCAGGAAACUGCAGAAACGGAGGCUUUCUCUGAAACUGAUGGAGCUCAGCCACAGCCUGGAAGAGCAGAAAAGAGUCGAGAACAGCUCUUUCUGCGGGCCCUGUGCCUGUGUCAUACUGUGGAAACCCAAGUGAAAGAUGAUAUCGAUGGAAUCGUCGAAGAGGCAGAGUUAACGUACAUCUCCUCAUCCCCUGAUGAAAUUGCUUUGGUAAAGGGGGCUCAGAAGUAUGGCUAUACCUAUUUGGGACUUAAGGAUGGCCGCAUGAAAUUGGAAAAUCAGUCCAAUGAAAUUGAAGAGUUUGAACUUCUUCAUACUUUACACUUUGAUUCUUCUCGGAGACGGAUGAGUGUGAUUGUGAGAAAUGCUCGAGGUAACAUAUUUCUCUUUUGUAAGGGAGCAGACUCAGCUAUUUUCCCCAGGGUGAAAAGGGACCAGAUAGAACAGACUAAAGUCCAUGUGGAACGCAAUGCAAUGGAUGGAUAUCGAACACUGUGUGUAGCCUAUAAAGAAUACACUCGUGAGGAAUAUCGUGAAAUUAACCGUCGGAUCCUUGAAAACAGGAUGGCUUUACAAGAGAGAGAAGAAAAGUUAGCAAAGGUUUUCGAUGAAAUCGAGACUGACAUGAAUUUAAUUGGAUCUACUGCAGUAGAAGACAGGCUGCAGGAUCAAGCAGCUGAGACUAUUGAAGCCUUGCACAAGGCAGGUAUGAAAGUCUGGGUGCUCACCGGAGAUAAAAUGGAGACGGCCAAGUCUACCUGCUAUGCCUGCCGCCUCUUCCAGACUAACACUGAACUCCUGGAGCUGACCACUCGCACCAUUGGAGACAGUGAAAGAAGAGAAGAUCUAUUGCACGAACUGCUAGUUGAUUACCAUAAGAAGUUGAUAUAUGGAUUCCCCAAACGUAGAAGCAUCAAAAAAGGGUGGGGAGAACACCAAGAAUAUGGAUUGAUAAUUGAUGGGUCAACUUUGUCACUCAUAUUAAAUUCUUCCCAAGAGUCUACUUCGACCAAUUACAAAACCAUCUUUAUGCAGAUUUGUGUCAAGUGCACUGCUGUUCUGUGUUGUCGGAUGGCCCCUCUACAGAAAGCACAGAUUGUCAAAAUGGUGAAGAACAUCAAAGGAAGCCCCAUCACUCUCUCCAUUGGCGAUGGUGCUAAUGAUGUUAGCAUGAUCUUAGAGUCCCAUGUGGGGAUAGGCAUCAAAGGCAAAGAAGGUCGCCAAGCUGCGAGAAACAGUGAUUAUGCGGUUCCCAAGUUUAAGCACUUAAGAAAACUGCUAUUGGCCCAUGGGCAUUUAUACUACGUGAGAAUUGCCCACUUGGUACAGUAUUUCUUCUAUAAGAACCUUUGCUUCAUCCUUCCACAGUUUUUGUACCAGUUCUUCUGUGGCUUCUCCCAACAGCCACUGUAUGAUGCUGCUUACCUUACGAUGUACAAUAUCUGCUUCACUUCGUUACCGAUCCUGGCUUACAGUUUGCUGGAACAGCACAUCAGCAUUGAUGUUCUCACCGCUGAUCCCAGAUUGUAUAUGAAAAUUUCCGAUAACGCCAAGCUGAAGUGGGGCCCUUUCUUGUAUUGGACGUUUCUCUCUGCCUUUGAAGGAACCGUGUUUUUCUUUGGUACUUACUUCCUUUAUCAGGCUACAACCUUGGAAGAAAAUGGAAAGGUUUUUGGGAACUGGACUUUUGGAACUACUGUUUAUACAGUCUUAGUAGUCACGGUAACACUGAAGCUUGCCCUGGAUACCCGCUUCUGGACUUGGAUCAACCACUUUGUGAUUUGGGGUUCCUUAGUCUUCUAUAUCUUUUUCUCAUUCUUUUGGGGAGGCAUUAUCUGGCCUUUUCUCAAGCAACAAAGGAUGUACUUUAUAUUUGCCCACAUGGUGACUUCUGUAUCGACGUGGCUGACAAUGAUUCUUCUAGUCUUUGUCAGCCUUUUCCCUGAGAUUCUUAUGAUAGCGAUUAAAAAUGUCAGGAGAAGGACUCCCAAGACCCCGAAUUCGGAGCUGCCUAUGUUAGUGUCCUACAAGACUAUUCGCAAUGGUUACGUCUAAGACAAGAUGCUGGAAGAGGCUGCUGCAAACAAUGUUAUCAUCUCAGGAUACUUGAAAUGUAACAACUUGAACUCACGUCUGUUUUCAUUUCUGGCGCCUAGGAGAAAGGCCCUCUGUGAACCAAAUGAUUUUAAAUCCUUAAAUGAUAACGCCGUUAUUGUAAGCAGUCUUGCUCCCCCGAAGUGUUGUGGGUGGGGUAUAUUAUUAGGGCAAAAACCUCAAAAGUCUAAAAAAAUGCAUACUAUUGAGAUUAGUUAAAUUCGACUAUAACUCAACAAAUAUUUUCAUUUUAACGACAAAAUGGGUGCUUAAAACAAACAAAAAAUACUUAACUCCAGCAAAUGAGUUGAAAAACAUGGAGUUUAAAUGCUGUAAUGUAGGAACCAUGUAAUGAGAAUGAAUGCAUUUUGCUGACAUUACGUUUUUGCCUGACAAAUGAAAUAGCCUGCCUCAAUCACCAGUUUUUUGUUUUUUCCUGCUGAAUGAGAUAAAUAUUUAAGUCAUCAAACUCCUCCAAAAGUAGUAUAUGAAAAGGUUGGAGGACAUGUUUUUCAUUGUGAAAUGUGUUGAUUGCAAAACCAACCCCCUCUAUGUAUCGGGGGAGCUGUUCAGUGUUCUCUGUUUGCGCAUAUGCCAAAUUAUGUCCUGCUCUGACAAACUCACUGGAAAAAUAUAUACGUCAAACAUCUCUGUGGAGAGAAGGUUAGCAGCAGGUAAUUCUGCCGACGAGGGAAACUUGGUCCUUGCCUUUUUUAUGUUCCACAGAUCAAAUACCACUCCGAGUGGUUUUAGUAGUUUGAAAAAUACCAUCAGUGUUUCAUAUCGCAUAUAACAGUUAUUUAAAGUCAUUGUGAAGCAAACAGAACCUAAGCCAUUGCUAUGGACAUGAAAGGGGAAGGUGGGUAAAGAUAUAUUUGCACAAAAAAAAAACAAUGUAAUCAUAAUAUUGUAUGUUUUAUGUUGAGAAGGAAGAAGUUUGUGAUGUCUGUUAGAAACCUGCUGUCUGUGAAUUAAUGUCACACUAAGAUUGCUGCUCAGCCCCUGAAACCGUGACAGGGGCACCAUGAAUAAAUGCCUUUCUCCCUUCUCUCAUCUGGCUCAAGUCAUGGUAGAUCCUAGUUCCGUUGGCCCAUAUGGAGGAUGUCACCCCUAUAAAAAGUUAGUAGAAAACAUGGAAAUAAAUGAGAACUAUAUACACUUUGUUUUUGUUUUUUUUAACCAACCAACCAACCAAAUAUGUAUA